AUGACGAAACAGAUAAUGAUCCUGUUGAUCACGAGUCUAAGGGAGUCAUUUUUCAAACAAGAACAUGUAAUUCAACAGAACGAAGUUUUACAAGAAGCCAUGAAAGAAUUAAAUAAAUCAAAGGAGUUGGCCCACUUUAAAAUGCAAAAACGCUUACUCGUUAGAGAUAGUCGCGAGAUUGAUCCUGAUUCUCAACCGAAGAAGUGGGAACUUCCGUGGACUCAAGAAUUGCAAUAUGAAAAUUCAACUAAAAUUAUGCCGAUCAGUCUUUCUACAUUAGAUUAUUUUCAAGAUGAUAAAGCUCGUUUACACGAACCUGAUAAACAAGUAGAUUUAAGAAAUAUCUGCAAAUUACUU